GUAGCGAAAUCUAUCAUCUAAUUUACAAAACAAAACCAAAAAAAAAAAAAGACGCAAUAAUAUUAUUGUAAUAACAAAAAUUUUGUUAUAUAUUUAUGUUGAUUAACCUCAAUAUAUCGAUGGAAAGUUCAAGUAUUGAUUCAAUGGGAACUAAACGCCGAAGUUCAUCGCGUACGAUAAAGCGCAGAAAAUUUGAUGAUGAAUUGGUGGAGACAACGUUCAAUCUCCAGCCACCAACAUCAAGUGGUAAAUCAAAUUCACGUUCUCGAAGUGUGUCAGUGUCAACUGGUCCACUUGACGUGGUACCACAGCCACCAAUGGUCCAGCCAUUGCCAGUUCCUCCACCAGUGAUACAACCAGACCGUAUUAAUAGACGUCCUAGUAGACCACCUGGAGCAAAUGGGCCUGGCAGAAAGAGCAAAAAGAAUAAAAAUCAUCCUCAUUCAGUCCAUUCAACUAAAGAUUUGGGCAGAUGGAAACCUACUGAUGACUUGGCGCUCAUCACUGGUGUUCAGCAGACCAAUGACCUGAGGAUGGUCCACAGAGGCACAAAAUUUUCCUGUCGCUUUACUCUGCAGGAAAUUCAGCAGAGAUGGUACGCGCUGCUCUACGACAGUAAUGUGUCACGUGUUGCCGUGCAAGCGAUGAGAAAUUUACAUCCUGAAUUAAUAGCAAGUGUGCAAGCGCGGACUUUGUACAGCAAAGCUGAAGAAGAUCUCCUUGGAACAAUAAAAUCGACUUCUCAACCAAUGUUAGAAGCAUUUCAGAAGCUAUUGGAGACCAACGCACAAGCGUUUUAUCCAGCGAGAACAGCGAAGGCUUUGAUGGCACACUGGCAGCUGAUGAAACAGUAUCACUUAUUGCCUGAUCAAACUAUUCAACAGAUUCCUCGUGGUGAACACGUCCUCAAUUUUUCUGAUGCUGAGGAAUUACUCAAUGAUACUGAGUUGGUAGAUCAAAAAGAUGAACUUAUUGACUCCGAAAUGGCAAUCGCUGAUCGUAAAAACAAAAAAGAGAUCAGGGUAUUGGAAAAUGAGUUAGGAAGAUGGCAAGUCCUUGUGGACAAUGUGGCUGGUACUAAUCCUCCGGAAUUCGAUAAUCAAACAUUGGCUAUUCUUCGAGGAAGACUUGUCCGCUAUCUUAUGAGAUCUAAAGAGAUAACAGUCGGUCGUUCAACAAAAGAUCAUAUUGUCGAUGUGGAUUUGUCACUUGAAGGACCGGCUUGGAAAAUUUCACGUCGACAGGGAACUAUUAGGUUGAGAAAUAAUGGAGAUUUCUUCAUUUCUUCUGAAGGCAAACGACCUAUUUUUGUUGACAGCAGACCGAUAUUAGCAGGAAAUAAAAUGAAGUUAAAUAACAACAGUGUUAUUGAGAUUGCUGGACUUCGAUUCAUAUUUUUGAUAAAUCAAGAUUUAAUAUCAGUAAUACGUCAGGAAACAGCUAAAUUCAAUUACACGCAAUUACAGUAAUUAUAUACGACUGACCAAAGCAAAGGAAAUAUUUUUUUUCCCCAAUAAAUUUUACUACUUACUAUACAAAAUUUAAAUUUUAAUUGAUAACUCUAGAUACAAGAUAAGUCACACAGUAAAUCAUUAUUAAAAGUAUUUAUUUUUUAAGAGAAUAAUAAUUAUAACAUGUGUAAAGUAUUGUAACUGUAUAAUCUUUUUCUUAAUUAUAAAAAUAAAAUAGUUUACAUUAUAAUUUU